AUGCCCGUCACUCCCCAAGCUCUCUGUCCUCUGACCUCCUCGAGGUUCACUCUUAGUUACAAUUACAAGCAUGAGCUUCAAUACAUAGCCACCCGAUACACGGCGGCACCGCUCGUUGGAGAGUCCAAAGCCAUUCCCGUCUGCCUCAUGAUCACCACUGGUGUUGGCUGCACGUCAGACCUUUGGAUUCCAGCUAUCAAACAUCUCUUCAACUUGCAAGCACAGUUCCAUGCUUCUCUUCGCAUCAUAUCGAUUUGGGUGGUUGAUAGGCCAAACCACGAUGACGCCGCUGUAUUGAACGAGAAGGUGCUCAAUGAAUUUUACGCUGAGUCUUUCGAUAACGUGGAAUACGGGAUGGCCGUUCGUUCCUUCAUCGAAGGUGGAUGCCUUUCCGACGACGAGAAGGAGAAUCUCGUUGCGAUUGCACACUCGGGAUCCGGCGCAUCGGUUAUCAAAUCUCUACGCGAUGACUCUAGCAUCCCUUACCGAGCCAUCGUCAUGGUCGAGCCUUUGUAUCUAUUGCGCUCCAAGGAGACAGUCGCAUUGUUCGGGAAGAUAUUUGCUCGAGCACGAAAGGCGAAUGCGGCAAUGCCGAUGUCGUUCAGGUCCAAGAAGGAGGCCAUGAAGUUCCUCACUUCUUUCCCUCCCUGGAGUUUCUUCGACGACGACAAUCUUCGCGUACUGUCUGAUACCUAUUUCAUUGAACAGAACGAUGGGAGCGUGAAGUUGAAGACACCAAACGUACAAAGGACUGCAUCCUUCACCGACCUAGAAAGCGGUUUCUGGGGUACCGAGCGUGUACAGGAGUUGGUUCAUCACAUUCCGCUUCACGCAAUGAUGGGCGCCAUCCAUGACCAGUGGCCGGAGCCGUUCUAUGCCAAGAUCUGGGAGGUACUCAACAUUCUGAAGCCCAAUCUCGCCUCGUUGACCGUCAUCGAAGGAGCAGGUCAUCACAUUCCUCAUCAGAAGCCCGAGGAGAUGGCUGUCGCACUGUUCGAUAUACUCGCUAAGGGCGGCCAGAAAUCGAAGCUUUAG